AUGACGACGACUGCUCAAAGAGCCGGUGAUGUCGUCAAAUCUCCUUUGCCCGAUCUACAGCGAGGACAGCACGAGACUAAAAGCUCUGCUUUACACCAGGAGGUGUUUGUUGGAAAUCUAGUGAAUUGGCGCUUCAGAAAUCAAGUUCUACAGUACUCCCAGGCCACUUACUGGUCCGGUUACAAAAGGCUCGUCACACACAAGCCUUCUUCCUCGGCCCAAUCUACAAUAUACCAGGAGCGUUAUGUUUGUGGCGAUGAAGACGGAGUUCAGAGACGUUUCACCCAAACCUUGGCCCAAGUGAUGACUUCGGUUUGUCAUGCUGCAAAUCUGCAGAUAGCUUUUGGUGACUAUACGGCGUGUGUCCCACAAGUGAUUCCAUCAAGGAAGCCUGACAUUGUCUGCUUGUCAACUACCACAGGGCAACUAAAAGUUGUGGGGGAAAUAAAAACUCCCUGGGUGGAGGAGCACGGUCUGCAAAGAGCUCAACACUUCGCAAACAAAAACUACAUGAAGAUGCUCGGUCAAAUAGCAUCUUAUAUGCAGGAAGGGCAGGUCAAAUUUGGCUUCUUCACAAAUUACAAUGAAACCAUUUUCCUAAAACAAGAGUUGCUAAACGGCCAAUAG